AUGUCGUCAGGUGCGGCCUACAAUAUAUGGGGUGCCGUUACAGGUGCUGCUGGACUCGCUGCCACACUGCCUAUGGUAUUCACCGCUAUUCACAACCAACUUCCAUCCGCCAAGAUGAAGGUGUUGGAUGAGAUCCUAUCCGAAACGCGGUCCUUAUUGACGUCUGUGGCUGAGGAGGGAUUGUUCUCGGAUGUAACUUUCGUCGCUAGCAUCGAGCAUCGUUUAUCUAACCUACAAUGCCGGGCAGAAAGAUAUCGUGAGGAAACAUACUGCGCCACAACACUGACGAAACAAUUCAAGGAGAUGUUGACUGGCUUAUCACGACGGAUAUCAUUUCUUUGCAAGGAGGUGAAGAAAAUUCGAGCGGUGGUUGUCACUACAACAGCCAGAGAACGUGAAAGACUCUGCAGAGAGACUACUACCCAAGAAUCUACUUCUAGUGCAAGCUCCGUUCCCCCGUUCGAAAUUGCGAUUAAUACGAACCGCCUGGAUGACCAGUCCUGCAAUGAUGUCUCCAGCGGUAUGUACGAGCUUAUGGGUCGAUGCUGUGGCGCGCCGCCCACUGCAACGCUUGCUGCAGUGCUACCUAGCGCGUCUUCUUUGCCAAACUUGACAUUUGAGUCACAUCCUACCGAUCACCUUAGUACAGAGAGCAUCUCGGCAUCCAACGGCAACAUGAAUGAGGAGGUGCAAUAUGCUUCCGAUCCAUCAUUGACCUCAUUGUUCCCCGCCGCGGGCCAGCAGCACUUUUUCACCUAUAAUCGGGCAGCACGUCGUGGCUCCCGUCGCGCUCCCCGAAGUAUUGGCCAUAAUCUGGCCCAGCGCCACCGGAAACUCCAUGGCGUCCCAUGCCCGCUCAAGCCAUCGCGCUCAGGCCGUACGUCCAAAGUCCGUGCCGCUACCCGCCCUUAUAUACACAGGCACAAAGAUACUGCCGGCUCCAAGACACUCCUCCGGGAUUACGAGCACUGGGGACAACGCGACGCGUCAGACGAUGACGAGUGGGCGGACGACGAUCCCAACACCGACGAUCUCGGCGGCGCCGUCUCGUUGCGCGCGCCCAGUCUAGCAUUAAGCACCCUCUGA